UCUGCAGACAUGGUAGUGCUUUUAUGGCAUGUAGUCAAAAAUAUAUCAGUAAAUCGCCGUUAUUUUACGUGAUGAGAAGUAUUUUGUUCAUGCUUCUUUGGUUGUGCCAUGUGCGGGCUCAGGAAAGCGCCGGACAAAAGGCACAUUUUCAAGUAGAAGACAAAUCAGGGGAUUUGAAAAUUUUAGCAACUAAAGACCAAGCGAAGGUAACAGCACAAGCCGACUCAGUACAAGUUGUAGUCAAGCCUGGUACAGCGGAAUAUCCCGUCCUUAAAUCGGACAAACCCGUAGUACAUGUGACUCAGGCUGGUUGGAACUCAAUAAGCUUUCGCAAAUCUAAGAUUUCCAGGAGAAAGAUGCCUGUAAGUUCGCAAGUAAAGAAGAAACACCAUGUAAAUAAUUCGAAGAAACCAAUGGUUCAUUUAAACACCGUAGCCAACAAGCAAGGGAGGAUUACGCUGAAAAGAGGUCCAUAUUUUAUAAAAACAAAUAAUUUAAAACGGAAACAUGAAAAACAGUCUUUACAAAGCGUGUCAGGGAGUAAAAAGUCAGAUGUGAAAUACGGAGGAUUCCAAGUCCUCGGGAACGCGGGAAAACUGAAAAUGCACGUAACAAAGGACGAAACUACUCUUAGCAGCGAGUCCGGGGGAGUCGAUAUUUCACUGAACAAACAGUCAUCGUCUUCUGCAAAGUCGUCUAAGGCUUCUAACCAACGCACAUUUGAUGUUCACCGACCUCAAAAGUUUACAGAGGAAUCGGCAGACAAAACAGUUCACAUCGCUACCGAGUUAGAAAAUGGCCUUCCAGAUAUUGGUUUGAGGAAAUCCGAGGUCACCAGGCUCCAUGAGAACAAGAUAAAUCGACCGACUCGCUGAUGCAGUCGAGGUUCGGUGCCAGAGGCGUGAGCCGGACGUUUACAUAUGGGGUCCUACACUAGCAUACCAGUAUGAGCAUUAUGAGAAAUAUAUAUAUGUUAUUCACCAGCUGGGAGGUCUGUAUUGGGUAAAACUGUGCCUGGGGUCUACCACCUGAGGCCGUAGGCUGAGGGUGGCAUCCAAGACAGGCUACAGUUUUUCCAAAAACAGACCGACCUAGGAUGGUGAAUAACAUUUUUAUUCAUUUCUUAAAACUAUGAAAUGCCUGUGAAAAGAACCUGAUUGAUUCAGGGCUGUAAUUACGGCAAUAUCCUCCAUAAAUUGAGCAAUUCAACAGAGAAAACAGAAGUAAGCUUCACUGAAACAUCUUAUUUGCGUAAUGGCGAAUUUAUUUUACACGUUAAGGUUUCCAUGCAAACUUUGAAACAUUUUUUUAUAACGAUCUGUCAAAAUCCGUGGCACUUGUUUAUUUGAAAGCAAAUAAAGCGCAUGUACA